AUGGACGCAGGAAUUCCUCCAACCCCGCUGUCUCACCGUUUCACUCUCGAACUCGAAUUCGUGCUAUGCUUGUCGAAUCCCCUUUACCUUCAAUACCUCGCGUUGAAUUUCCCUCAUCUACUGAACAAGCCGACGACGUCACCGAGUGUGACUGAAGUCGACAACUCGGACGCGGCUCGAUUCGCAAGGUACCUCAAGUAUCUUUACGACUAUUGGCGCACCCCUGAAUAUGCCAAAUAUCUCACUCAUCCUGGAGCAACACUACGGAAUCUCGAAUUGCUCCAGCAAGAACAGUUUCGAAAGGACAUUAUACGUCCAGACGUAAUCGCGAAACUCUUCGAGACAGAGACUGAACAGCAAGCUACCCCCGACACAACCGACGAAGGAGAUCCGUCCACACAGCAAGUCUCUGGAGACGCUGCACAUUAG